UAGGCGGAACAGCUCCAGCUGCCACUUCUGGCUUCUCACCGCAGUCGGGCUUGGACUUGAAGAUUUGGCCAUUGCCUAAGGGACAAUCAGACUUUUUGCUCCAAGUUUUCGCCACAGCACCCUAUCAGCAGGGUGUUAGCAUUGCCGUCGGAAUGAAGUUGGUUUCCAUUGCCCUCUUGUUCCUGGGUUCGCUCGCCUUCCUGGGCGCGGACGCCGCGCGGCUCGACGUGGCGUCGGAGUUCCGAAAGAAGUGGAACAAGUGGGCUCUAAGUCGCGGCAAGAGAGAGCUGCCGGAGGCCAGCGGCUACCUGAUCGGGCUCGCUUCCCUGGAGGACGAGCCUGUCCAGUCCUUCGUUCGGCCCCUGGAUGUGAGAGGUGCCAGCCGCAGCCCCAAGGCCAGCACUCCGGACGCCGCUCACGUCCGAGUCAAGCGUUACCGCCAAAGUAUGAAAAAUUUCCAAGGCACCCGCAGCUUCGGCUGCCGCUUCGGGACAUGCACGGUGCAGAACCUGGCACACCAGAUCUACCAGUUCACAGACAAGGACAAGGACGACACCGCCCCCCGCAACAAGAUCAGCCCCCAAGGUUACGGCCGCCGCCGCCGGCGCUCCCUGCCCCAGGCCGGCUCGGGUCGGACUCUUGUGUCUUACAAGCCACGGGCGCGCAGGGCUCCAGCCUCCCGGGAGCCACGAGUGCUCACCACCCUGCUUCGGAUGUAGGCGACCAGGCUGGGCGAGCAUCCCGCUGGGCGAGCCUUUCGGGGCCCGAGGGCUUCGCGAGCCAGAUGGGGACUGGACUGAGACAGCCCUGCACAGACCCCGGGUCCCAGAGGCACCGUCGGGCUGCAAGCCCUGCUCGGCAGCUCCUCCUCCCUUUGGCAACGCCGCCUUAGCCGGGAGCAGGCCCAGUGCCCCAAGGGGGCAGCGGAAUCCGAGAGUGUGUGUGCCAGGUUCACGGAGAGGAGCGACUGAGGAUGAAAUAACCGCUCGGACCCCCACAGGGCAAGGGUCUGAGCCACUGCCCGGCCGGCCUACGGGGCGCGAGCCUCCCGAUUACUUGAACUUUCCAGAAUCUAGAGUGGAAAAGUGCAAUGCGUUGUGUACAUACAGAGGUAACUAUCAAUAUUUAAGUAUGUUGCUGUCAAGAUUUUUUUUUGUAACUUCAAAUAUAGAGAUAUUUUUGUACGUUAUAUAUUGUAUUAAGGGCAUUUUAAAGCAAUUGUAUUGUCCCUUUCUCCCUUUAUUUUAAGAUGUGAAUGUUUUCGUGAGCUGCAAGAUGGUGAGCGUGCGUGUAUGUGUGUGUAAGCCUG